AUGAAACAUGGCCUGUGGUCGACAACCGGCGAGAAGGCCACCGUUGCGUCAGCUGCCGAAGAGUCCACAAGCGGAGAAGAGAUCAAGAUGCAGUUGGUGCUAGUCAAGCUACCCACUCCUCCCAGGGCAAUCAUUCUGCCGUCCUGGAAACAUACAACCGUGUGUUUCGAAGAUGCAUUCGGGGAUCUGCCACAGUUUUCCAUGUUAUGGUCCGACGCCAUGGUAGUACUAGCACUCAGCCAACAUGACCAUGGCGUGAGCAGAGUCAUUGAGCUUGCCGGAGAGGUGCACAUGAUCCGAGCAAGCGGGCCAUUCGAGCUUGAGAGGCAACGUACAAGGUUAUGGAACCUUGCAGAGAAGUAA